AUGAAGCUGUCAGCUUUUAUUCUAUCCCUUGCGGCUACCAGUGCUCUUGCCGGGAAGAACUGCAAAUGCCAGGAUCCUUCUGGCACUGGUCCUCAGUGGAACGACUUGACCAAGAAGGUUUGUGGCGAACAGCUACGGGGUGAGAGUAUGCUUUGCCUGGCAAACAAGAAGUACCACGGAGACCAGCACCACCAGUGCUCGAGCUCUUUGGGCUGCAUCGACAGUGGAGGUUUCAAUAACCGUUGCAAGGAACUUGGAGCAGCUGGAGCUUACUGCUGGAACUAA